GAAAACCCAUUGUACUCAUUUGCAAUGCUUCUCCGGUUCUCCCACAUAUUUUCACAGCUCAAGCUCUGAAACUUCUCUAGGGCAACAAUGCUAAGCACUAUAAAGAUGAUCGACAUGAGCCCCUUCAGUUCAGUGGUUCCUCUGCUCCUAUUCGUCUUGUUUUCUGCAGUGAAUCCAACUGUGAGAUCAUCCAGCGUGCCAGGAAAUCAAGGUAUCAACAGCACCAUUCUUCCUUCUGCGGCCACUCUGGAAGGCUGCCCACGGAGCUGCGGCAACCUGAGCUUCGACUACCCAUUCGGCAUUGGUUCUGGCUGCUUCAGGAACCCAGACUUCAAUCUCACCUGUGACAACACCGCACAACCACCUAGGCUCUUCCUGCAGGGUGGGACAGAGGUUAUCGAAGAUAUUGAUGCUAUUGUAUACGGUAGCACCUCAAACUACCUAUUUAUGUAUGUCACCGUUGAUUUUUCCCAUGCAAUCCCAGUAAGUCCAGGUACCAAAGAUUAUAACAUGUCCUGGAAAGCCCCAGGGAGAUCUUUUACUCUUGAUAAUGCCUUGCUAAACAUUACUGGCUGUGACUUUGAUAUAUACCUGCUUGAUCAAGACAGAAAUAGCGCUGUGAGGCUCUGUACAGUUACUUGCCCCAACGAAGAAAUCACGGAAAAGGUGGCCAGGCAGAACUGCAAUGGUACAGGGUGCUGUACCAUCGAGUUAUUUGAGGCUACUCUCAGUGCAUUCCAGUUCAAAUUUGUCCAACACAGCAAAGGUGGGCUCGAGGCACAAACAAACAGAAGCUCUUUAUGGGACAGAAUCAACAUAACAACUAUCUAUGCUAGCCUGUCGUGGAGUAUCGUCGAUCAACCAACAUGCGCCAGCACAAGGGAUAAUAGGACCAACUAUGCCUGCGCCAGCAGCAAAAGCAAGUGCUGUGAGAGCUAUGGAUUACCUGAUCUUGGUUACCUCUGUGGAUGUGAUAGUGGAUAUUGGGGAAACCCAUACAUACCCAAUGGUUGCCAGCGUGAUAACGUAGGAUAUAUUCCAGCUCAGCAGAAGGCAAACUGCUCCCGAUCGUGUGGGAACAUCAGUGUUCCAUUUCCUUUUGGGUUAGAAGAAGGAUGCUUUGCAAGGAAGCUAUUUCAGCUUAACUGCACAAGUGCAACAUCCUCUAGCCUCCAAUUUGAUGAUGAGCAUCAGGUGACAUACAUAAAUAUCAGUGAGGGUCUUGUGGGCAUUAGAUAUACAUCUAAUUAUGAGCAGGAGGAAUUUAAAGUCUAUGUACCUAAGCAACCAGAUCUCUAUAUUGGAUCUGGCGAAUCAUCGUCUGUGCGAUGGGCUGUUGCCAAUCUAACGUGCCAAGAAGCAAAGCAGAACUACUCCGGAUAUGCAUGUGUUAGCAUCAAUAGCACAUGCUUGGGGGUAAACUCUACAGAUGGUUACAUUGGUUAUAGAUGCAAAUGUUUGCCUGGCUUUCAAGGAAAUCCAUAUGUGCAAAAUGGCUGUCAAGAUAUUGAUGAGUGCAACACCCCGGGCAUCUGUAAAGGAGUAUGCCAUAAUACCAUAGGAAACUACUAUUGCACUGAUUGUCCUUAUAAAACACAGUAUGAUACUAUAGAAAUGAAGUGCACUUCAAUAAGAAAGCAAAAUAUUCUGCUAGGUAUCAUUAUUGGGCUUAGUGUUGGUUUUGGCAUUCUACUUGUCAGCUUAAGUGCAACAUUUAUCUGCCGUAGAUGGAAAAGGGACAUCCAAAAGCAACUACGUCGGAAGCAUUUCCAAAAGAACCAAGGUCUUCUCCUAGAACAACUAAUAUUGUCGGAUCAAAAUGCAACUGACAAGACAAAGAUUUUCUCUUUAGAGGAGCUAGAGAAAGCAACAAACAACUUUGAUUCUACACGUAUCCUUGGUCGUGGAGGGCAUGGUAUGGUGUACAAAGGUAUUUUAUCUGAUCAACGCGUAGUUGCAAUAAAAAGGUCUAAACACAUUGAAGAAGGUGAGAUCAGCCAAUUUAUCAAUGAGGUUGCUAUUCUCUCUCAAAUAAAUCACCGAAAUAUAGUAAAAUUAUUUGGAUGUUGUCUAGAAACCGAGGUCCCGCUGUUGGUAUAUGACUUUAUUCCCAAUGGGUCAUUAUUUGGUGUUCUGCAUUCUGGCUCAAGCAGUGAUUUCUCUUUGUCAUGGGAUGACUGUCUAAGAAUUGCAGUGGAAGCUGCAGGAGCCCUCUGUUAUCUCCAUUCGGCAGCUUCAGUAUCAGUCUUCCAUCGUGAUGUCAAGUCCUCUAAUAUACUCCUAGAUGUGAACUACACAGCUAAAGUAUCAGACUUUGGUGCUUCAAGAUUGGUUCCAAUUGACCAGACUCACGUAGUUACAAAUGUACAGGGUACAUUUGGCUACUUAGAUCCAGAGUAUUACCAUACUGGGCAGCUGAAUGAGAAGAGUGAUGUAUAUAGUUUUGGUGUGGUACUUGUGGAACUACUAAUCAGAAGAGAACCUAUUUUUACAACAGUAUCAGGAUCAAAGCAGAACUUGUCCAAUUACUUCCUUUGGGAGCUGAAGGUAAAGCCAAUCAAAGAGAUAGUUGCAGCCUACGUUCAUGAGGAAGCUACUGAGGAUGAGAUAAACAGUGUCGCUUCUCUUGCAGAGAAGUGCUUGAUGCUCCGAAGUGAAGAUAGGCCUACAAUGAAGCAAGUUGAAAUGACUUUACAGUUCUUGCGAACAAAAAAGUUGAACUCAUGCCAUGCUACUCCAGAAAACGAUGAAGAGCUGCAACAGUUGCUACCGAGAAGGUCUGAAGCUAGUUGCGAGCAAGUGGCUGUUAACUUGGGUAACAGUGCUAAUUCUGAGUCUCGAAAUAGCCUCAAAUGCUAUAGCUUGGAGCAAGAGUUCAUUUCAUCUGUUGGGCUGCCAUGCUAAGUCCCUAAGAGCCGGUUUAUAAUUACUCUGAAAUUCACAAUGAAAGGAUUGAAUUUUUUCCAAUUCUUAACAGGCCUUAAACGUGGACAUCUACUACUCAAGGAAUGCGGUCUACCAUAUUUAUUAAAUAACAUCCCAAGAAAGUAUCCUUAUCUCAUUUUCCCAGAGUAUCAUUCACACUAAUGUACCUAUACAGUUAUAAUGAUAUUGCAUUUGAUUACUACAUGCAUGUGCUUCCUUUUGGGAGAGAUGCAUAUCUAUCAUAUUUGUUACAAAAGUUUUGUCCCAAUGGAAAAAUUGAGUGAUGUAUGUAUCUAGCUGAGAAAUGGUUGGAAAAUACUAGUAAUAAAAGUACUAUAUAAAUUCAACGGAA